CCUUUAAAGUGACGGUUCCGGUAGCGAAUACAGCAAUAUAAAGUAUGGCAGUCUGUUCUCGUGGAUUUUUCCUGUGUUAUGUUUCAUAAUAAUGUCUCCUGCAAACGCCGCGAUGCAAGACGAGACUGACACAGAGUUACAGGCUUGUACUGUGUAUAAAGGCAGAUGACGUAACGCUGCAGACCUCUGGGAACUGGUCUUGGUGGCCCUCUUGGAGACCAACAUCCAUGUCGUUAUUGAAAAGUGCCGAAGCUAAAAUUCUUGCCUGUCUCCAGAAUAACGUUUGGUCCAGAUUUGUGACGUUGCCAAAUCAAAACAGAAUAUGGACCCUUAAAGUCACCAACAAAUCAGCCCACAAACAUAAAGACCAAGAUGCUCAGACACCCCUGGUGAUGGUCCACGGGUUUGGAGGAGGUGUCGGUCUGUGGAUCCGUAACCUGGACGCUUUGAGUCGUUCUCGACCCGUCUACGCCUUUGACCUGCUGGGCUUCGGUCGCAGCUCUCGCCCCUCAUUCCCGUCUGAUGCCUCGUUGGCUGAGGAGCAGUUUGUUACUUCCAUAGAGCAGUGGAGACAAUCAAUGGGGCUGGAGAGCAUGAUCCUAUUGGGCCACAGCCUGGGUGGUUACCUGGCAACAUCCUAUACCAUCCAAUAUCCAGAAAGAGUCAGUCACCUCAUCCUGGUGGAUGCGUGGGGUUUCCCUGAGCGACCUCAGCCUCAGGUACAGGGGUCAGGAGGUCAAGGGUCAGAGGUUAAAAGGGUCUCGCCGCCUCGCUGGGUGAAAGCUCUGGCGUCAGUGUUCAGCCUCUUCAACCCUCUGGCCGUCAUCAGAGCGGCCGGACCUUGGGGUCCAGGGCUGGUAAACCGAUUCCGUCCCGACUUCAAGAGGAAGUUUGAGGAUCUGUUUGAUGACGACACCAUGACACAGUACAUUUACCACUGUAACGCUCAGAACCCGAGUGGUGAGGUGGGCUUCAAAGCCUUGUCUGAGUCUCUCGGCUGGGCCAAGAGGCCGAUGGUUCAGCGUGUUCAUCUGCUGCCCCCAUCGAUGCCCGUCAGCAUGCUGUACGGUGCGCUGUCCUGGGUGGAUGCAUCCACUGGAAACACAGUCGUUCAGAUCCGAGGCAAAAGCCUUACCAGCGUCAUGCUGAUCGAAGAUGCUUCACAUCACGUCUACGCCGACCAGCCUGAAGAGUUCAACCGAGUGGUUGAGAGUAUUUGUAAUACUGUAGACUAAAUAAGACGCACAUUGGUUUGUCGCUUCAUAUUCUAAUUUUACUAUUUGUGGCCUUUAAUGUGGAAAGGCUCUGUGAUUGUACUGCAGGAUUUAAUGGAAGCUGGUUGUAUUUGUAUUUUCUAACCUAUAUUUUAUUCAUAUUUCUUUUCAAUCAUGCACUGAGCAAAUCAUCCUACCUGUUAAACCUGUGUCAUGAAUGCAUUGACAAUGUUCGGACAGUCAUAUUGACUAAAAGAAGAGAUGUUUAAUAAUUCAUUAGCAUUAUAAAGGAUUGUCUGUUUUUAUAAUGUGCAUAUCUCAAUAGGUGUCUGCAUUUGUUUCUCUUUAUAGAUUUUAUAUACUGCUGCAGUGGUUAUUUUUAUGUGUAUAUUUUGGGAAUAUAAAUAAUACGCAUCUCC